AUGGUGAAAGAGAAGAAAAGGAGCACUGAACCAGCUCAGAAGACCUGGGUUCAAGUCCCUGGUCUGCCAAAGACUGUGACCUUUGGGCAUGUCAGAGAGGCAGACUUGGAUCAAAUGGAAGGACUUUCUGCAGACAGCAACAAGGGCUUUUUCUCAUCUGCAGAGGAGAAGUGUGGGAGAUAUAAAUCCAUUGUGGGAUUUUUAUGCAUUUUAUACAUUUUCCCUCUGGUAGCUUUGCUGGCUACUCUGGAAGAUCCAGUGGGAGCUGCAGCUCAGAAACCUCAGGAAGAUGCCGUAUUGCCUGACCUUCGGGGGGUGAUUGCCCCAGCCCUCCCACACCUACCCAAUACACGGAGAAAACGAUACACGCUCACACCAGGCCAGCUGAAAUGGGACCACUUCAACCUGACGUACAGAAUCGUGUCCUUCCCGAGAAACCUCAUCAAUGAGAGUGUCACACGGAAGGGGUUAGCAGCUGCUUUCCGAAUGUGGAGCAAUGUUUCACCAUUCAACUUCAAGGAGGUGCCACCCAACUCGGCUAGUGACCUGAAAAUAGAUCUUACUGAGCCAUUUCCCUGUGUCCCUUCUCAGCUGCUAUGCAGGUUCACUAGUUGCACUUUAAGGUUAGUGAACAGAACCAUGCUGUGUAACUUCUGCUGCUGUUCUUUUCCUCUCUCAGGUGUUUGGCUUACAGACCUGGUACACGUAGCAGCUCAUGAAAUUGGACAUGCCCUGGGACUCAUGCACUCCCUGAACUCUAAUGCCUUGAUGCACAUCAAUGCCACUUUAACUGGGAAAAAGACCAUCUCCCAGGAUGACAUCUGGGGGAUUCACAGGCUCUACGGCUGCACAGACAGACUAUUCGUAUGUCCAUCAUGGGCUCGGAAAGGUUUCUGUGAGACUCGUAGGAAGUGGAUGAAAAAGCACUGUCCGUCCAGCUGUGACUUCUGCUACGAAUUCCCUUUUCCAACUGUAGCGCCAACUCCUCCUCCACUCAGGAUGAAAACCAAGAUCGUUCCUGAAGGCAGAAAUGUCACCUUUCGCUGUGGACAGAAGAUUAUUCAUAAAAAAGGCAAAGUUUACUGGUAUAAAGAUAAGGAGCUUCUGGAAUACUCAUAUCCUGGUUACUUAGCCUUAAAUGAUGACCACAUGAGCAUUAUUGCCAAUGCAAUUAAUGAAGGAACCUAUACCUGCAUUGUGAAGAAAAGGCAAAGAAUCCUGACUACCUAUUCCUGGAGGAUUAGGGUUAGGCACUAACAACGGUCUUGAAUGAGGACUUCAGUUACUGCUAGUUAUGUUUGAUAAAAACCCAACCUCUUCAGCAUUUUAUGUUUAACCUCCAGCAGAGCAGCCACCAUAGAAAUCAGCUGCUACCAGUGGUUGGGCAAGAAACUUGGACACUGGGACCUGAUCAUUGGAAAAAUUCUCCUCCAUGAGUUUACUAUUUACAAAUUUAUCAAGUAUAUUCUGCUGCAAGAGAGAAAAAAAUCUUGAAGCCAAGAUGACCCAGGUAAUUGGUUAGUUUUUAAAUGAUCUACAAUCCUUAACUAGAUUAAUGAAACCUGGAUUUAGAUUUAAAAAAGGAGUGGUUAAUGUUCCAGGGUUUGUCAAGCAUUUCUUUGUAUUUAAAUAACUUCCUAAAAUGCCAAUAUAUAGCAUUAGAGGGGCUUGAAACAAAAGACUGAUGCCUGGCUAUAUUCUCCAUAGAUGCUGUUAUUCAAGCACUGAAGGAGUAAAGGGGGGUGUCUAACUCUAGAAUGAGCUUUUUCCACAAACUCAUUUUUAUAGAGGAAAUUUCUGAUUCCAAAUGUUAUACAACUAAAAUAGCCAGGGAAUGCAUCUUUUCCCCUAUACAUUUUUCUGUGGUUUGCAUUUAUCACAAUGUGUUGUUUACCUCUGUCUGUAGCCUCCAAGACUUUAUCAAAUGUCAGUGUUAGAUUACCAAUAAAUCACUAAAACAAUUAUGGAAAUGCUUUUGUUUCUUGAAUCAAGUAAACAUCUGAUGAGUAAUGGGACAACCUUCCCUCCCUCCCCCUCAACAGGGCUUUGCUGUUUCUAGACAAAAAUGAUUUAAUGCAUACAUCAUUGCAAAGUAAACAGUAGUUGAGCUG